AUGGCCACGGCGGAGAUCACGCCGCGCUUCAAACCUCCUGAGGUGGGUUUUUCGGUUCAUGCAGGUGGGCCCCAGCAGAUGUGGGCUCGAUUUGGACAUGCGAUUAUGGACCUACAGCGCGCGGCGAGAAUUUCUGGAGGAGUUGACGAUCGCGUGCACUCUUCAUCAUGCCAAUCUUCCUUCAUCGCCGCCGCGCCUCACCAUCACGUCGCUGCCGCCGCCAACUCUCUUCAUCGCCCUUCGUCACCGAGCGAUCGGCCCUCGCUGCUACCAUCCUCGCGCCCGGCUCGUCCCUCCUUCGCGCAGGUGGUAGCGGGGGUCCACGUCCGCGCCACCAUGUCUGCUCCGUCGCGGCCGACGGUGCCGCCAGGGGCGACGGCGCCUGCUCCAGGGGCAACGGUGUCCGCGCCUGCUGCGGUGCGGCCAGGGGCGCCCCCAGUUGCCAACGCUGCGCCGUUUCUCGGCCCACCAGGGUUCCAAGGGUGGCCUGCCGGCGCCCCUAUGCCGUCGCAGCUUGCUCCUGCGCCGCGCCCUAGCUCGGGGUUUCGUCCGCCCGCCCGUGCACCCGCUCCACCGAUGCAAUACAUACCUCCGUAG